UAUAAAACCAAUUGCCAAAAAAACCAGAAAAUUCACCCCAACAAACAUGACUUCCGUUUCCGAGCAACAAAAUCUCCGACCACCGCCGCAUGUACUGAUUUUCCCGCUUCCGGUACAGGGCCAUCUCAACCCCAUGUUGAAGGUAGCCCAUCUUCUCUGUCUAGCCGAAUUCCACGUCACCUUCAUCAUCUCCGAAUUCAACCAUCGCCGCCUGCUCCAGCACACCACCGCUUCCGCCGCCUUCUCCCGCUACCCGGGAUUCCAGUUCUGGACUCUCCCAGACGGCCUCCCCGACGACCACCCCCGCAGCGGUCACGGAGCCAUGGAGCUUAUGUCUUCCGUCGCAAACGUCACAGUCCCACUUUUCAAGAAAAUGAUGAUCCAAGAAAACUUGUUGGCUUCCGCCGCCCGUCGCUCGGUUACCUGCUUCGUCGCCGAUGGUCUGCUCAGUUUCGCCCCCGACUUUUGUGAAGAGAACGGAAUUCCGCUCAUCUGCUUCCGACCUGCCCCCGCCUCCUACUUUUGGGCUAUUUACCGUUUUCCUCAGCUUCUUCAAGCUCAAGAAAUUCCUUUCGAAGGAAAAUCGAUGGAUGGAUUAAUAAAAAGUAUACCGGGAAUGGAAGGUUUCCUACGGCGUCGUGACUUGCCGGGUUUCUACCGUGUCGAUGACAUAAACGACCCCACUCUCAAGGGAGUUGUAGCUGCAGUGAUGCUGAUUCAUAGGGCGCAAGCCGUAAUACUCAACACUUGUGAAGAUUUAGAAGGGCAAAUACUUGAAGAGAUGCAAAAACACGUACCAAGAGUUUUCUCCAUCGGUCCAAUCCACGAGCAAGUGAAAUACAGGCUGAUGGAGAAGAAGACGGAGUCCUCAAUCAUCACGGCCAGCCUAUGGGCGGAAGACCGGAGCUGCAUCGAUUGGCUGGACGCGCAGCCGCCUAAAUCCGUCGUCUAUGUGAGCUUUGGGAGCAUUACACUUUUGACGAGAAAGCAAGUGUUAGAGUUCUUGCAUGGAUUACUCGAAAGUUCGCAUAGAUUUUUGUGGGUCAUGAGGCCGGAUUCUGUCACCGGGAGCAACGGAGAGGAUCCAAUUCCGACGGAACUAAUGGAACGUAUUAAAGGGAAGGGUUUGUUGGUGGAGUGGGCCCCACAGGAGAAGGUGCUCAAUCACCCUGCGGUUGGUGGGUUUAUGACGCACAGUGGAUGGAAUUCGACCCUAGAGAGCAUUGCGGCCGGCGUGCCAAUGGUGUGUUGGCCAUAUCUUGGGGAUCAACAGAUCAAUAGUAGGUUUGUGAGUGAGGUUUGGAAGAUCGGAUUGGAUAUCAAAGAUACUUGUGAUAGAAAGAUUAUUGAGGAGGCAAUUAGAGAUGUGAUGGAAGUUAGAAAAGAUGAGUUUAUGGAAAGGUCAGGAAAUUUGGCUAAACUUGUGAAAAGGACUAUUAGUAAAGGUGGUUCGUCGUAUAAUAAUUGGGAUGACCUAAUUCAGUAUAUUAAGUCGUUGGUGAUUUGAUUAUGGAUUUCCAAUUGUAUUAUUGGUGUUGAAUAAAGUUAGAGUUACUUUGCAUUA